AUCUUAUGAGACAGUGAUUCACGAUAUUUAUAAAAACCAGUUAUCAUUUAACUGAAGUCACGGGGACCUGACUUGGAACCAGUGGCGUGCACUCCAGGUGGUCCAUUGAACAUGCGCCAGCCUCAACUGGCCAAGAGACGAUAGGGAGAUGCUAACAAGCAUUGAAAUCUGACAAUAUCUCAAACCUCACAUCUCAUUGGUCCUUUUCUUCCCAAUCUAUGCUCUUACAGAUAGCUUUCGCUGGGACAUGAUAAAUUUGCCUUCUUUGAGACCUAGAGAGAGGGAGAAAGACAGAGAAGGGAUGGUUGAGGUUGCAGCAGCAGCUGCAGCAGCUGGUGGAUCUUCCAGCCUCAGCAGACUUCCCCUUGUCCGUGGAGGAGCUGCAGGUAGUAGAAGAGACGCUGCCAUUUGGAGAUGGCCGAAGAGGAAGGAGGAGAUGGCCAGCACCAAGAAGCACAGAUUGCAUCACCGGUCUCAUCCUCCACCCCUUCCAACUGCAGCCAGGAGCUCAGCCAAUGACGCCAACAUCAGUGGCUUCGAUUCCCAGCCCGGCGUCGUCACCUUCUCCUCCAACAUCUCCACCGACAUUCCCCUCCACGAAACUCCCGGGGUCUCCUUUGAUGAAUACCUCUGCGAUCGACCUCGAGUCUUCCGAGCCAUGUUUCCAGACAAACGAAGAAGCAAGAGACUGAAUGAUGAAGAGUGGAGGAUACAGAUGCUGCCGAUCCACUUCCUCUUUGCAUCGGCGAACCCGGUUGUCGUCAUGCGGCUGAGACACAAAUCCAGUGGGGAAGAUUACCCGCCCGGUGUCCCUGGACAUGCCACCAGUGUCCUGGAGCUUCAAGCUACCAGGUGGGAGCUCCAAGGCCUCCAGGACAUCCAGAUGCCACCACAUUUUGCUCUCAGUGUCCAGGGAGUGCUGUAUCCAGAUCGGAGCAGCAGCAGCAGGAGGCUCAAGGGUCAUCUGGAGAUGGGCAUCAGCAUGAUCCUUCCUCCGGUCCUUCAAUUAGUCCCAGAAGAUGUCCUCAGAAGUAUUGCUGAUACUCUUCUGAGUAGACUGUUAAAGAAGAUGAAGCACGAAGUGGAUGUCGGCCUGAUCUCGGACUAUGCCAAGUUCCGGAGAGAGAAACUGAAGAAACAUGGAGCUGCAGCUCAAACUCCAGCAACUUCUUCUGAGCCGAGAGGGAUCUCCUGAGCUUGAAGUCAACGAAGUCUGUACCUGUCCACAAAACAGAAGAAGAAAUCUCGUGAUCUCAUUUGUUUUCUGACGAAAAAUUCUUGUUCAACGCGUUCUUCAAUAUAUCUCAAGAUACCAAAACAACGCAGCAAAAUGUAUGGCAUGGAAAAAUUAGUGUACAAAAGAAGCUGCAGCAAUGGAUCAACAAUUUUAAUGGUGAUCAAGAUAAUGAUA